UAAAAAGCUGCUUUCACUUUCACAUUUUGCCAUUUCAACCCAUAUGCCAGACUUUUUUUUAGCGUUCAAGGUGGUCAAACAUAAAUUUCGCCCUUCAAGAUUUCUAUAAAUAGCAAUAUUUAACAAGACAAACAAGCGAAUAUUUUUCAUCCCUCCACUUCAGAAUUAGCAUAUGAUGCCAUCGAUUAAAUAUUCCAUCGACACACCUCACAGUGUCAAAGACAUCGCUAAUACGUUCAAGAAAAGUCUUAAGGUUAAGAUAAAAUUGACAUGGGGUAUCAAGUUGGAAAAUGCGGAAAAGAAAAAGAAGCCCAGUGAUAUUGACCUAGUUUUCUUCCCAGUUGUUUCUCGCACUGGAACUGACAUUGAUGCUGCUCUCAGUAAGAUUACACACAGUAAGCCAGUCAUUAUAGUGGUGCUUCAUCACACAUUUGACCCUAAUGCUGUUGUGUCAAACAGCAGUACAUUUGUGAAGAGGGAUAAUACGCUUACAGUGGACUGUCUGUUCUAUGAGGACAAAGGAUUAUUAAAAUGUAAAAGAAAUGAUAAAGCUUUUGAAGAUGCUAUACAGUGGCUGAAAUUAAUGAAAAAAGUGGUAAACAAAAAGAAUCCCCUACCAAAUCCUGACAAACUUCCAGUUCAAAUUCUGCUCAGAUGCACUGGGAAAAGAAAUGUCAGGGUCCGGGCCCUGUGUUUCUCCCUCUCACCACCAGAGGUCACCAUCGCACUUCCUCCCGGACUCCAUUUCCCAGACUCCACUCACCUGUCACUCUUUACACCCUCAGCUGUUCCCCAUUGUCACAGACUAUAUAUUCUCCUCUCACUCAUCACUCUGCAUGGCUGAAUUAAUUGUAAUUGUAAUUGUAAUGGUAGUUAUCAUUUCUUGUUGUAGGUUGUGUAUACAAGAACUUUCUGUUGCCGCAUUUGUAUCUCGGUCCUGUUCUUGGUUGAGUUGUUUUUGUUUCUGUUUUGCUUUGUCUGUUUUUGUUUAUUAAAUCUAGUUUCACCUGUAUUUGGACCCAGACCCUGUUUUUCCAUGGGGCUCUCUUACCGUACCGUGACAGGAAAUAGUGAAUGAAUCAGUUGUUUCAUUUUUUACACGUAUUUUCAUGGUCUUACCAGUGUCACUUGUGAAUAACCCUAAUUUUUUUUUUAUAGUGUAUGCAUAUUGAUAACCAAUUAAAACCUUUGCAGGCUCACUUUGUCAUGUUCAAGUUAUAGAUGCUCUACAGAGGUGCUCUGUAGUACAGCUUUUACAUACCUUACAGGGGUUGGACAAAAUUAUGUGAAUACAUAGGAAAUAGGCAAUAUUUCUUUAUUAAGGUGUUUUACCACCAUUUGCCUUUAAUACAGCUUCCAGCCUUCUUGGAAUAUAUUCAUACAACAUUUGUAUAGACUUCAGCUGAAUCAGAACAUCUGCCGAUUGCUUCAGGGAAUCUGUUUCUCACUGUUCUCUCCAAAACUGGCCACAGUGAUUUGAUAAUAUUAGUCAGGUGAUUGAAGUCAGGGCAGAUGUUGAAGUUCAUCUUGGUGCUCCACCCUCCCAGGUUUUAUGAUCAUGACACCACAUUGUUUGCAUUUUAGCAUGGUGUCUGUGAAGAACGUUUUAGCAUUUGGAGUUCUUUCAUGGAUGUUGGCUUUGUAAAGUUCCCUGUGGUCUUUUUUUUUUUUCUUCUUCAAGGUGAAAUUUUAAAUUUGAUGUCAAUUUGCUGCAGUGCUUCUGUGUUGUCUAGACACAGUGCUUAGUGUGUGACUGUCCAUGUCAUUCACUUUUGGUUUUCGCACACUGAUGUUCUUCACUGAUAAAGUCAUGGAUGAAGUCUUGCCAUGCUUUGUGCAAGCAGUCAUGAUCGUAAAGACUAUUCAUAAAACACCAAAAUGUUGGGCUGUUAAGGUUACUGAUGCUUCUGCUAAACAGGCUCCCAUGAUUUGCCCUUUUUGGAAGUUUUAACAGGUCACUCAUUUCACCCACAGCUUGUACUAAAUACUGCUGAACACAAGUGAUACUACACUGAUAUACAAGAGUAUAGACAAUGGAAAGAUAAAUAAAAGAUAACGCAACAUCUGUUUUUCACGAUUUUGUCCAACCCUGUAUGUAUGAAGUUUUUACAGCAGAUUAAUCCUUCCAUCUGUUAUCCAGACUGUUUUUCUUGUGUAGGAUUGCGAGGAUGCUGGAGCACGAGUAGACUCGUGUAUCCAAUAAUUGUUUUGUUUUUUAUUCUGAUUAAUGUCUUUCUGUUUCUGUGUUUUUGUUGUACACUUUCCCUCUGACAAAAUGGGAUAUUUCAUUUAUUAUACUCUGCAGUGCAUGCAUUGUUAAUAUUUCCAUUCAGCAGAUCCAAUGUGCAACUGUGUUCUACAGUAAGACUGAAGGGGAAAUGGCUAACUCGCUAUUGAGAAAACUAGCAAAAUUGUAGCAUAUGUCAGCUAUGCCACUCCACUCAAACAUGCAGCAAAAUAUUACAUUUUACUGUAAGUUCCAACAUGUACAAAUGCUGUCCUGCAUGAUUCA